ACUCUUGUGUCUCCCCUGGCUGUGUGUGUCUCUGGCAGCACUCUUGUGUCCGGAUUACACAACGUGUUGCAAUUAUGUAAGACGUGAGGAUGUGCCAGGAGUGUGUUAAAGAAGAAUAUCCAGACAGGGGUACAAUCUGUCUGGACACUGGGACAUACUUGGCAAAUCUGCAAGGGUGCCAAGGCUGCGGCCACAAGGAUACACUCAGUGUGGUCAACAGGACCACCUCAAAUGCUCUGGAUUCACCACAAGAAGUUAUUGAAUAUGACCAUAUUUGUGGGAAUUGUAAUCAUGUGAUUGCCACUCAUGGGCACCGCUUCUGGGUUGAAGAUGACUAUCAAUAUUAUGAAAUGAGCUGCAUGCUGUGUGGGGAGGCAGAGGACACGCGAUCGUGCUACCCCAACGAUCCACGCAUGGAAGCCUCCCUAUUCUAGAAAUACUGAAAUACUGAUGUAUGGAACAGGACAUUUUAGAAAGUACCGUAUAUGAGUUAGAUGUUGUGGGGCAUAAUAUGAGUUGUCAUUAAGAUGUGUUCACAUGUAUGUAGUGCAUUUGGCUGGGUUAAACUUGGUUUUUAU